GCCAGCGGGUUCCUGGAGGCAGAAAUGGCUGCGAGGGGCCGGGGUCUCGGUAGGGCCUGGGGUGCCUCUCGCUGCCCCGCUUGGAGACAUGCUCACUGGGAAGCUGGCGGACGCCCGAGGCCUGAGUACGAUGCGGUGGUGAUAGGAGCAGGACACAAUGGGCUGGUGGCUGCAGCAUACCUGCAGAGACUGGGGGUGAACACGGCGGUCUUCGAGAGGCGCCAUGUGAUUGGGGGUGCAGCAGUCACUGAGGAGAUCAUUCCAGGGUUUAAGUUCUCCCGUGCAUCCUACCUCCUCAGCCUUCUGAGGCCACAGAUUUACACAGACCUGGAGCUGAAGAAACAUGGACUGAGGCUUCAUCUCCGAAAUCCCUACUCCUUCACCCCCAUGUUGGAAGAGGGCACAGGGGGCCACGUGCCCAGAUCCCUUCUUCUGGGAACAGACAUGACACAAAACCAGAAGCAAAUUGCCCAGUUCUCACAGAAGGAUGCCCAGGCCUUUCCCAGAUACGAGGAGUUCAUGAAUCGCUUGGUAUCGGCCAUCGACCCUCUGCUGGACGCAGCCCCAGUGGACACAGUGGCCUUCCAGCGCGGCUCCGUGCUGCAGAGACUCAAGUCACUGUCCACCCUCAAGCCCCUGCUGAAGGCUGGUCGCACCCUGGGAGCUCAGCUUCCCCAGUACUACCAGGUGUUCACAGCUCCCAUCACCAAGGUGCUGGAUCAGUGGUUUGAGUCUGAGCCCCUGAAAGCCACUCUAGCAACGGAUGCUGUUAUUGGAGCCAUGACAAGUCCUCGCACGCCGGGCAGUGGGUACGUGCUGCUGCAUCAUGUGAUGGGUGGCCUGGAGGGGAUCCAGGGUGCCUGGGGCUACGUCCAGGGUGGCAUGGGUGCCCUCUCUGAGGCCAUUGCAAGAUCGGCCAUUGCACAUGGAGCAARUAUCUUCACUGAGAAGACAGUGGCUAGGGUGCAGGUGAAUGGCGAAGGCCGCGUUCGAGGAGUGGUGCUGCAGGACGGCCUGGAGGUGAGGAGCAGAGUGGUGCUGUCCAGCRCGUCCCCGCAGAUCACCUUCCUGAAGCUGACCCCACAGGAGUGGCUUCCAGAGGGGUUUGCAGAGAGAAUUGCUCAGCUGGACACCCAGUCUCCUGUUACCAAGAUCAAUGUGGCUGUGGACAGGCUGCCCAACUUCCUGGCAGCACCCAAUACUCCCACGGGCCAGCCGCUGCCCCAUCACCAGUGCUCCAUCCACCUGAACUGUGAAGACACCCUCCUCCUCCAUCAGGCCUUUGAAGACGCCAUGAAUGGCCUGCCGUCUCACAGGCCCAUGAUUGAGCUCUGCAUCCCUUCCUCACUGGACCCCACCCUGGCUCCCCCCGGCUGCCACGUCRUCUCCCUCUUCACGCAGUACACGCCCUACACGCUGGCUGGAGGCAAGGUCUGGGAUGAGCAGGAGAGAAAUGCCUAUGCAGACAAAGUGUUGGACUGCAUUGAGGCCUACGCCCCUGGCUUCAAGGGCUCUGUAGUGGGCAGAGACAUCCUCACACCUCCUGAUCUGGAGAGAAUCUUUGGGCUUCCUGGAGGGAACAUAUUCCACUGCGCCAUGACCCUGGACCAGCUCUACUUCGCCCGCCCAGUGCCCCUGCACUCCAGCUACCGCUGCCCUCUCCAAGGCCUGUAUCUGUGCGGAAGUGGGGCCCAUCCUGGAGGAGGUGUGAUGGGAGCCGCUGGACGAAAUGCAGCCCAUGUAGUCUUGCAGGACCUCAAGAGUGCGGGACGCUGAACCAACUCUGGSAGGAUGAAAAUUCAGCCCUGAGCCUCUCUGUCAGACCUGGGCUCGGCUGCCCAGGAAGCUGUGCUCCAGUGGACACUGCUUGAGGCAGCCAAGUUCACAAGACUCAAGCCAUUAUUUUAGAAGAAGUGUGCAAGUUACAUGGAGCACAAGUUAACCMGUGCCCUGUGCCUCCAUG